AUGUCAACUUUUAUGAAACAGAAGCCUGCAGGCCGCUUUGUUCAUCCAAAUCCACGCAGCUACAAAGGACGUCUUGGCUAUGCAUGUCUCAAUACCAUCCUCAGACAUCAAAAGCCACCUGUAUUUUGCUCAAGGACUUGCCGCAUUGAAACAAUCCGGCAAAAAGGAAUCGAUUUUGUAAAGGAGCUUGCAUUACAAAAUGUGCGAGAUCUAUCAACGCUUAUUGAAUGGAAUGAAGCUCACGGGAUAAAAUUCAUGAGAAUGUCAAGCGAUAUCUUUCCUUUUGCUGGUCACAAAGACUAUGGUUAUUCUUUGGAUUUUGCAAAGAGUGAGCUUGAAUGCAUCGGGGAACUAGCAGCAAAGUACAAACAUCGCUUGACAUUGCAUCCUGGGCAAUUUAACCAGCUUGGUUCUCCCAAUCCCGAUGUAGUAGAGAAUACGAUUCGUGAUUUAAGCUAUCAUGCCGAGAUGCUCGAUUUAAUGAAGCUCCCCCCUGAUUCGAUCAUGAUCAUACACAUGGGUGGCGUUUACGGUGAUAAAGCAUCGGCCAUAGCUCGAUUUGAAGAGAACUACAAGAAUCUAACCGAUGCUAUCAAGAAGCGAUUGGUGCUGGAAAAUGAUGAACUUGGGUAUUCUGUCACGGAUCUACUUCCAGUGUGCCAACGACUUGGUAUUCCUUUGGUGCUUGAUUGGCAUCAUCACGACAUCAAUCCUGGUGAAGCAUCUGAAACGUUAUUGGAUCUUUUGCCUGCCAUCAAUGAAACAUGGCAUCGCAAAGGCAUUAAACCAAAGCAACACUAUUCAGAAUCUCGGCCUGGUGCAGUAUCUGCAGUCGAACGGCGAGCUCACAGUGAUAGGGUUAUGAAUCUACCUCCUUCAAGCGAUGACGUGGAUUUGAUGAUUGAAGCAAAGGAAAAAGAGCAAGCAGUAUUUCAAUUGUACAAGUUGUUUGAUCUAUACCCUGUGGAUGAUGAUGUGUGGAUUGCCAACAAGAAGAUAAUCCCAAAGUCAGUCAAAGCGAACAAGCGAAAGAAAGCUGUUGCGGUUAAAGUACAAGAUGACGCUAUUGUGGAGGAGAAUACCAUUGUGGAAGAAGAAGAAGAAAUGAUUAUUGGAAUGAGGACUCGCAGCCGGUCCCGAAAGAAGACAAAGAAAACAUAG